UGUCAGAGAUGGUAUACUUGUUGCCAAGGAGUUGUGGAAAAGAGGAAAUCUCGUUUCUUCUCUGCACUGAGAAUGGGAUGCGUUGAGUGGUUCAGUCCUGCCUAUCCCAGCCAUGUCAUCCCAAUAAGCAGGCGAUAUUCACACUCUGCUUGUGUGUUUGAUUCAUCUAUGUAUGUUUUUGGUGGUUGUACUGCCACCAACACAACUUUUAAUGACCUAUGGCGUUUUGAUUUAGGAAUGCAUGAAUGGACUAGACUUUUAACCACUGGAACUUAUCCGUCACCGAAAGCCUAUGCAUCUAUGGUCACAUGGAAUAAUUGCCUUGUGUUGUUUGGUGGAUGGACACACCCAUCAUUAUACCCCCUACAUCAGCAGUGGGUUUUGUUUAGUGAAUUACAUGUUUAUGAUAUUCUUGGAAAUCGCUGGACUCAGCUGUAUUACCCUGGUUCUCCUCCUCCUACAGCUGGCCACUCUGCAACUGUGCAUGGUAGCAUGAUGGUAGUGUUUGGUGGGUUGCAGAAGCACGAGGGAACUUCUGCUAGUACUAAUGAUGUCUUUUGCUUAGAUCUUGUUAGACAGUGCUGGUUCAAACCUAUUGUUUCAGAACCUAUGCCUAUGCCUAGACUUGGUCAUUCUCAAAUUAAAUUAGAUGAUAAUCAUAUCCUAAUUCUAGCAGGCUGCGGUGGGUCAAAUAGAUUAUACAAUGACAUUUGGCUUUUGACUCUUCCCGACAGCUUAUAUGAUCGUAGUGCAAAAUGGCAUUGGGAACAGAUAUUUGUUGAAGAAUCAGAGCAUAUGCCUUCUCAGAUGUGGUAUAAUCCAGCUUGCAAAGUGGGAAAAAGUAUAGUAGUGUUAUCAACGUAUGGUCUAAAUGGUGCAUCAGCCGGUGGAAGUAUGUCUCAGCUGUGGGUGCCCGGUCCUGUAAGAAGACAACCUCCUAAUGUCUGGGUUCCACCCAUGCAACAGCCAGAUGAACGGCGUAUCUAUGAGCACAUUUCACGUCAGAGAGCCCCUCUUCGACAUGAACCUCCACCUCCAGAUCAGGGAGAGUCCAGUAGUGAUGAAAAUGAUGAUGGUGCCCAGCAAGGACAAGUUGAUGGACCGGGGAUCCGAGGCCGAGGUAGGCCUCGACCCUCCAUUAGACCUAAUGCUUCAAGUGACAGGCAGCGUAGACUUCAAGUUUUAUCUCGAAUGAAGGAAAGAAUACAAGAACUUUCACGUAAACAGGAAGGAGAAAGACGACAAGAAAUUGAAAGAAAUUCUUUAACUAUCAGAUCUACUUCACCUCGUAGUUUAGUCACACCUCAUCUCUUGGAUAUUAGUCAAGUCAUAUCUCAUCAUAGGGCUAGAUGGUGGCCAAUGAAUCCCUCUCAAAGAGUGCCCUCAAUUAUAGGUACUCCACCUCAGCCAUCAUUGCUAUAUUCUCUGGUUCUCGGGCGAGGUCAUUUAAUAAUGUUUGGAGGAAUUCCUCAUGAUCCAACUGGAGGUCAGAGUCAGGAGACAGUUUCCAAUACUGUAACUUUUAUAUCGGCACCAUCUAGUUCAUAUUUUGCUGCAUAGCUUUAAUCUUUAUUCUAAAUACAAUGAUAAAGACUGUGAUCUUUUGUAUAGAUUUUUCUCUCAUCUCACUUUAUGGCAAAACUUUUUAGUAACUACUAUGCAGAGUUCCUGUACUAUUUGUUUUGAAUCUAGUGCCGUUCUUAUUUGUAUUGUAUUGUUAAUACAGAACUGAAACUUUUUGUUCUAAUUUUGCAUCAAUAAAUUCUGAACCUUUCAUAUUUACAGUGAGCCUUCCUAUUAUUUUUGAAUAAGAGAAUCUCUACUCAGUAGAGUUUGUAGUUAUGCAAAUGGGUUGAUUGGAAGCAGAAACAUCAGUAUGUAUUCACACUGUAUUUCAUGACUAUCAGGCUAUUUUAUAUUUUGUAUGUAAAGGAUAAUUUUGAACAGUUCUAGUUGUAUCCUGGUACUUUUGUUUAUACUGACUGUUUAAAGUAUGAAGUACUGUCCUUGAAAUAGUACUAUAAAUAUUGAGUCUAGUGGUUGUGUCUGCUUCUGAUUGCCAAGCCCUUCAUGUUUCAACCAAUAAUUGUAGGUUGUAUCACAAGAGAAGCAUAUGUACCAAACUGUGUAUCAUUAAUUUUGUGACAUUUUAUAUGUUAUGUGAAUAGGUUAACAUAAAUGGUAUACUCUUGAA